GCCGGGUGCUGAUUGGCUGGCUGAGGCACCGGCGCGGCCCUGGGCCUGAGGCGAGGCGGCGGCCCGGUCCCGGCCGGUGCCCGCCAUGCUGUGCCACGGGGACGGCGUGCUGAGCUGGCUGGCGGCGCUGCUGGCGCUGGCGCUGGCGCUGAGCCGCAGCCCGGCGCUGGCCUGCCUGCUGCCGGCCGGGCUGUACCUGGCGCUGCACCUGCUCAGCCUGGAGCCCGCGGCGCCCCAGAGCGCGCAGCGCGUCCUGCGGCCCCGCGGCGCCGCCGCCCGCAUCGCGCACCGCGGCGGCGCGCACGACGCGCCCGAGAACACGCUGGCGGCCAUCCGGCAGGCAGCUGAGAAUGGAGCAACGGGUGUGGAGCUGGAUCUUGAAUUCAGUGCAGAUGGUGUCCCCAUUCUCAUGCACGAUGACACAGUGGAAAGGACAACUGAUGGGGCUGGGAGACUGCAGGACCUGACUUUUGAGGAAAUCAGGAAGCUCAAUCCAUCUGCAAAACACAGGCUACGGAGCCAAUUCCAAGAUGAAAAGGUGCCAACUCUGAGAGAAGCUGUUGUGGAGUCUAUGCAUCACAAUCUCACAGUCUAUUUUGAUGUCAAAGGCCAUGCAAAUCAGGCAGUUGAUGCUCUGAAACAACUCUACCAAGAAUUUCCACAGCUGUAUAACAGCAGCAUAGUCUGUUCUUUCAUGCCAGAUGUUGUUUAUAAGAUGAGACAGGCUGACAGAAAUGUUGUGACAGCUCUGACACACAGGCCCUGGCAGCUGAGUCACCUGGGAGAUGGGACACCCCGGUUCAGUUCCUGCUGGAAGCAUUUCCUGUACAUGGUGCUGGAUGUCAUCCUGGACUGGAGCCUCCACAGCUUCUUGUGGAGAUUGUGUGGGGUUUCAGCUUUCCUCAUACAGAAGAAUUUUGUUUCUCAGGACUAUGUGAGGCUCUGGUCUUCCAGAGGAAUCCAAGUGGUUGCCUGGACAGUGAACACGUUUGCAGAGAAGAGCUACUAUGAGAGUGUCCUUGAGUGCAGCUACAUCACUGACAGCCUGCUGGAGGACUGUGACCCCCACUUCUGAGCCAGCCCACCCUGCCUCAGGGCAGCUCUGCAGCAUGAGGGCACCCAGCAGUGCUGGGGAGACUCUGCAAACACAGAGCACUUGGCUUCUGCCUCUGGUCACAUCUCAAAUGCAGGAACUCUCUGGUGAGCUGGCCAGAGCUGUGGUGCAGCCACACACAGACUCAGGAAAUCAGAUUUGACAACCCACUUGGGCCAUACUUUGUCUGUGCAGGUGGCUUUAUAAUUGUCUGGCUAUUCCUUGGCUUUGUUCAAAUUCUGGUUCUAAAUUUAUAUCAGCAAUUUUGGUGUCAAAAUUUCAAAUCAUUAUUUGCCAUUAGUAAUUUUAACAGCAUGUUCUACAAGUGUAUACUAAUUUGAAGUUGAUUUUUGCACCUUAAAAUCAUUUACAUUAAUGUUCCUAAAACAGAAACUGAAAAUAAUGGUAUAAUGGUGCCAAAAUAGAAGAUGAGUGUAUUUCCCUGCCCUGCAUAGAAAGAUGGCUGAGCUGAAUCCUGAUGAGGAAGAGGAAGCCAACUUUCCAUGUGUGAUGUGAAGGUUAUAAGAAUUGACAAAUGAAACUUGAGUAGUUUCUUAUCUUCCAGACCUUUGAAGAGAACCAAGGGAGGAUAAGAAAAUGUUUCUUCUAAUGAAGAAAUUACACAGCACAUGAAUGUAUUUAUUUUUUAGAGAAAGGUACAUAUUGCAUGGAGCUGAAAUGUCUUUUUAGUUUGCUUUUGGUUGUGUGAUUGGAGGGCACUCAGAGGGAUAUGGAAACUGUAAUCCAGAUUUAACUUGAACUCCAAAGAGUCUGCAGUUACAAUAAACAAGUCUCUGAGAAUUCAUGGGGAAGUGUUCUUUAUCAGCUGUGCAGAAGAGCAUUGAUGUAAAAUAUCCCAAUUAGGGUAAAUCCAAACUUCUGGAGUAGCACAGAUCCAUGCUAUGACCUGUGGUGGGGAUGGAUUUUUUGUUUGUAUAUUUGAGCUUUUCCCUGGCAGGAUGACAAGAGCCUCUUCCACCUGUUCACUCACCCCUGCACUGCAGGAGCAGCAAUCUCAGCCUGUGCUGCACAUCCUGUAGCAUGUGUAGGUUUGGAUCCAGCUCCUGUCCUGCCCCUUCUGAGACCUGUGGCCUCUGCAGUUACUGCUGAGCCAACAGGGGCUCCCACAUGCCACUGAAGGGCAAAUGACUCUUCAUGGCAAAGGGCAUUGCUGCAAAGGUCCAACUGCUGCUGCUGCUGCUUGAGUCACCCUCCUCAGGGCAAACACCAGCUCUUUUUAAAAAAUAUCUGUUAGAAAAAUAUUUUUAAACAGAACUUUUAUUUGCAGUUAGGCACAAGUUUCUUUAUAGUUAGUCAGC